GUGAUGGUGAUGGAUGAGAUUAAUUGAGUGAGAGUGAGAAUAGUACUAGGUACCUAGACCUAGUGCAGAGUGCAGUGCGUUUAGUUGUUUUGUUUUGUCAAAACAAAAUAUGAAAAUAAUUGUGUUGAAUAUGUGAUGUAAUGUUAAGAUGAUUAAGAAGAACAAUAUGACUAAACCAUUCCACGAAAAUAAUUGUCGAGUCUGUUUAAGCAGUGAUAAAAUGCUGAACAACAAAGGUGUAUCUCUCUUUGAAAAAUACAAAGAUUCCAUAAUUUCCGAAUAUAUAAACAUCAUAACUAAUGUGGAAGUAAAAAAGAACGAUGGACUGCCUCAGAAAAUAUGCCCGGACUGUUUGCUUGAACUUGAGGCAGCUGUAAACUUUAAGCAAAAAUGUGAAACAUCAAAUUCAAUUUUGCAUGGAAAUAAUCGGCAGAGGAACUAUGAUGUCAAAUUAGAAAUCUAUACACAUGAUAUAAAAAAAGAACAGGAUGAAUUACAUGAACCUAUAGAAGAGGAAUAUUUGGAAGAUGAGUUUGAUGACGACAUUAAUGAUGCUACAAUCGACAACACAGAAAGACCUAGUGGUUCAAUAAAUUUUAACUUAAUAUGUGACGAUUGUGGCAAUAAAUUUCCAAGUAAGUGUAAACUACGAGUCCAUUGGAAGAGAGUUCAUUUGCAUGAAAAAUUGAUUUGUCAAAUAUGUAAACGAGCAUUCAAGAGUUACAAAGCAUAUAACCGUCAUCUCAAGAGUAACCUAAGAUCUUGUGUGCGGAUGAAAUAUGUGAAUAUACAAGGCACAGGUAAAUCAAGACUUUACCUUUGUAGGGAUUGUCCAUACACAUCCAAAAGAAAUAAGGAUAUACAAUCCCAUUUACUGACACAUACUGGUGAAAAACCAUUUAAGUGCCCAUUGUGUCCUUUGCAGUAUUCUCAAGUUGGUUCUUUGCAUUCUCACAUGGAGGGCGCACAUGGUAAGAUUAAGGUAGAAAUCACAUGUCAUUAUUGUGGUAAAAUUGUAAAGGGCCGUGCUAAAGCAUACAAACAUCUGAAAGACCAUCAAAAGGUCCAGGUCCAAUGUGAUAUAUGCAAAAAGUUAUUCAAAUGCAAAUCGAUUUUGCAAAAUCAUAUGGUUCGACAUACUGGCGUCAAAUCAUUUACAUGUGAAAAAUGUGCUCAAACAUAUUACACUUUAGCUGAAUUAAUUACACACAAACGCACUAAGCACAGCAAUUAUGAAUCAUGGUACAAAUGUGCAUUUUGUGACUAUAGAUCAAAGAAAUCGACCCCCGUUAAGAAACAUCAGGCCAAACAUACAGAUAACAAUGUUUCUUGCAAAUUUUGUGGUGUAUUUUUCGACACAGCUGAGAAAUUAGCACAGCAUGCACCGAGACAUUUGGAUUCAGAGAAGAAAAACCAAUGUCCACACUGUGAAAGAAGGUUCUACAAAAAGGAUUCUAUUCGGAGACACAUAAAACUCAAACAUACUAUCAAAAAUGAACGUGAGGAUAUUGUUGAUAUAUCUACAACCAAAGUGAAAUAUAAAAAUAAAAAUCUUUCCUAGAAAAGUAUCUUACAAUUAACCACUGAUAGCGGUAUUUUUGAUGUGACACCAAAUACUUACUAUAUUAAAAGAGUAUUUGGAUAUUCUGAUUUAUUUGAAUCAACCAAUACCUAACAAAUUAUUCUUACCUAUAAUAACAUCAUAUACUUACACUCUUAGUCUGAAAUAAAUAUUUUGAAUUGAAUUGAAUGAUGACCCACCAAUUAAAUCCAGACUUUCUAGAUUCCAAUUAGAUAUGGUGACCAACAGUUUAUUAGUGAAGUAAACUACCUGUCCGCUUGAUUUUAAGUCAGAUGUUAUGCCACCCAUCUACUUGUAAAUUUUUUUACCUACUUGUAAGAUUAAAUGAUACAACGCCUUAAAAGCUAAGAGGUAUGAACAGCAUUCCCGGCACCACAGCUGGAAAUUUAAGGUAUAAUAAUUGUUUUGCGGACUCCUGGCUUCGAAGCGCCGCAGACGAGAAUAUAACUUGGAUGGUGGUUAAAUAAGAGAGAUACAGUAUAACUAUUUUUAAGUAGUGAAUAUUCAUUCUCCAAUUCGCCAAAGCCGAACUGAUUUUGAUGAAAUUUAAGAGUGAUGUGUUACAAUUUAGUUUGUUAUAAAUUGAAUAAAAUUUUACUGUUUAGGGAUCAAAACCUUGUAAAAAGAACCAACAUUCCUAACAGAACCAAAGAUCUAACUUGUUGUAUCAGGCAGGUGGGUACCAAACAUAGUUUAACGGAAAUAAAAUAAAACACAGAUAUAAGAAAUAAAUACCUAUUUAUUAUUUUCACUAUACAUAUCACUUUUAUACUGUUACAAUAGGAUAUUAAAUGGAAUCAUUUUAUGAACUAGUUAUGCUUAGCAGUAAAAUUAUAAUAAUAUCUACAACAGAUCCUAAGAGACUAGUCAAUACUUUCGUGUUGUUAUCAUUCACAAAACUACACAUUCGUUCACACCUCGGUUUGCAAGUCAACAUUAGCAUAAAUUCAAAACAGCAAAAAUAUUCAGAGCAAUUCCAAUAAUGUCAUUUUAAUGUACUCAAGAUAUGGGUAUAUUUUUUAUGGUCACAUAACUACCCUCUCAUUCAUAAAAAGUAGUUACAAGUUAUUUUAGGGCGGUAAUCUAAUAUCAAAUGAUUUGUCUAAUAUUACUUUUAUUUCUUUCGUAAUUUUUAAGAUGAAAGAGUUAAUUGAUGAUGUAUAAUGAUUAGAGAAACAUCGCCCUUAGUGUCAAGUGAGAUUUGGACAUUUUUUUACACUUUUUUUUCCAUUUUAUUUUAUUACUAUAUUUUUUUAUGAUUCAUAAAAGUUACAACUAGUGAUGUAGAUAAAUCGACAGUUGACACCGGAAAAUUAUAAUAUCGAUUGUAUCGUUAUUUCCUCUUUAUCUGUUCACUAGUUACAACUUAAGGGCCAGCUUCAACACUUUUUGAUAAAAUAUCGUUUUUAAUUUUACAGAUAAACUAACUGCUAUCUAAUUUCUGUUUAUGCUUAUAAAAUUAUAUGUUUUAUUUUAUCAUAAAAUGGUGAAACAGGCCCUAAAUCAAAGAGCUCGAUGUAAUGUCUUAAUAAAUUAUUGUAGUUUUGCUUUGAACUUCAAAUAAUGAUUUCUUAAAACUAAAUCUGGAGGGUAUCUACAUACAUUCGUUAUAAAAAUCUACAUUACGCAGUUGGGGCAGUGUAAUAGGUAUAUAGGUUAAUUUCAUACACUCAUAUUAGUGUCCUAUAAUAAAUUAGUCACUUUAAUUGAUCUCAUCUGCCCCAUCAAUUAUGCCCCGGGCCCCAACUUCCAUAGGUUUUCAAGUAGUUUAACUUGAAUACUUUCUUAUUCGACGGAAAGUUUUGACAAAUACUUAUUAUAGUUUUAUUAUAAUUGUAUAGCUUCUUAAAUAUCGUACUUUCACAUUUGUAUACAAGGCACCUCAUCAUCACAUAACACAACAACGUUUUUUACUCUGGUCCCCAAAGUUCUAUCGAAAGUUUUAAACAAACAAUUACACGUUUUCGGAUUUGUAAAACAAAUACUAAUAGGAUUAUUAGUUGAAGAACUUCCUAUAUUAAGAGUUGCAACAGUCAACUUUGACGUUAACUUUAACCUGCGAGUUCAGAUAAAAGGGCGUACUUAGCAUUUAAAGUUGAACGUUAAAGUUGACUAGUACAACGCACCUUAAGUCAUCUCAUUACUCAUUAAUACGGGAGGUCAAUAAUGCAUUUAUGAACAGAUGUACAAAAUCAUAAAGAUAGUCAAAUUCUCUAAAUUUCAACGGAAAAAAUAGAAAAUUAAUGUUGUAAAUUGUAAUUUAAUUAAACUUGUUGCACAGUUACUGAUACCCUGUGUAAUAUAAUAUGAUUUUUAUUUAUAUUACCCAGGUUCGUUCGUUCAAAUAACCUGAUUUUUUAUCCACUAAUGAAUCCACACGAAAUAAUCUUACAAAGCAUUAAUUUUCACUUAAAACUUGUGUAAAAAUCUCCAUUUCGAACUCAUUUAUUACAUUACUUGUAUAUAUUUGUAAAUGUCUUCUUGCGUCAACCGGCACAACUUAAUUAAAAAGUUUAUUACCAUCGCUUGUCUUCAUUCUUUACAAACUAAAUCUGUGAGAAGCGUAGUGGUACGUUCAUCUUGUAAUUGCUCAGUUAAACUGAUAUCGACCAAGGAAAAA